AUGCUCCCCCAGGCGGAAAUCGACCGACUGAACCAAUUUCAUACCGGCCAUUUUCCCGGCCAACCCAUUCCAAAUCUAGUCGAAUCCCACCCACACAUCCCUGAGGAGGUGGAAAUAGAUCAAAACAAUCCAAGUGAUGGCGGUGACGGACUAGGUUACUAUGAGGAUGGGGCCAAGAGGACCCUCACAGAUGAGCAAAUUGAGAUGUUCCGACAUUCCGAGAUCCAGCGCUUGCUGAACGAGAGACGGGUGACCAGAGAGAAGGAAAAGAAAGAAGAGAAGCGAAGAUUAAGGAAGGAAAGAGGCACGGAAAGACCUGGCGCCGUUGAGCGCAGGAAGCGCCGUUUCGAUGAUCAACCAGAUUCCGUGCAGACGAACAUUGACACUUUGAUGUACGACGACGUCCAAGACCAUAAUGCAGAGUCAGAUCGGGCGUCAAAGAAUUUCAUGUGGCCCAAGAUCGGAUCGGAUUAA